CUCUGUCGCGUCGCGUGAUUUUCACGUCUUGUCUACAUCGAGCGUUAUGACCGCGUGCGCGAUCCGGAUUUAUAAUGACGCAUGCACAUCGAAGUACAACGCGGCGAAAUGUUUCGAAUGAAUUUUCACUCAUGAUAUCGUUGUCGCCGUCGUCAUCGUCAUCGUUCCGUCAUCAUCGCCGGGUGGCGAGUUCGAGAUCGGGCGAGAAUAAAAAACCAAUAGCGAGAUAAGGAUUAGAGUAUAAUAAGAUAUUCCUUUUUUUUGCAGGUAAGACAUUUGGAUUUGACUGCGAGAUGACAGUGCCACCCGAUUCUUAUCAGAUCUCGUUGAGCAUCAUAGAGGUGAUCAAGCAGCACCCGGUGCUCUACUGCACCGAGGUAAAGGGGAUGCCGGUAAAGCUGCAAGAGUUCAAGCAAAAAGUUUGGAAACGUAUCUCAAACGAGCUUGGACUUGACCCUACAUGGGUCAGAGUGAAAUGGAAGAAUCUUAGAGACACCUAUUGUCGUGUUUUGAAAUGCAAAAACAAGUCAGAGGAAGGAAGAAGGAAAAAGUGGAUCUUCGAGGACUAUUUAAAUUUUAUAAAAUUCCCGUUUGAGGCAGACUAUCAACCACUGUGCAUAGAAUUGACUGAGGAAUAUAUGCAAGAGAUAAACUCGAGCGAAGUAAGUUCUGAAGGUCUCCUAGAACAGUUGGAGGACCGGAAUAAUGAGGAUUAUAGCGAAUAUAUGGAGGUCCUCGAGGAGACAUCAGCCGACCCAGUUCAGGAGGUAUCUGAGACUGUAGAAACAUUGGACAAUAACGAUGACUUGCAGAUAGUCACUCAUGAAGUGAGUGAACGAAAUUGCACACAACAGGAUCUCGACAAUUAUGUUCAGCAAGUACAGUCGAAGUAUCGAAAAAUACGUCCGAAACGAAUAAAGACUAAACAUUCAUCCGUCUUGAAAACAUCUAGUUCCAAUAACACAAAGAAGUCCCUCAAAGUCAGCAAUACAAGCAUAGAUGAUACUGGCACAAUAGACGAUCCUAGUCUCGUAAGUCCACCGAGCACGUCAAUCUUGCCUGUGAAAGGAUCGAGCGGCGCGAAGAACAACGACACUGCUUUUGAUUCAGUUUAUUUGGCACCUGAAAACAAGAGUAUAGAAUUAUUUUUCGACAGUAUGGCACAGACAGUAAAGAAACUGCCGCCUAAGGCGCAGGCGGAUAUUAAAAUGCAUAUCUGCAAGCUUGUAUCAGAGGCGGAGGUAAAGUACUGUGGCCAGAACAUGCCACAGAGUAUGCAACAAUUUAUAGCGCCGCCUGGCAUGAUACCUAAGCUAGUAUUAAUACCUUGCAAUAUGAUAGAUAAUCAAGAGGCUAAGGAUUGAUUUGUUGUGUUAAAUAAUGAUUUAUAUAAAAUGUACAAAACAAUUAUAUUCCAAAUUUUAUGUCACGCCAUAGCUUCUAGAAAUUACUUAUUGCAGUAUUUUGUUAAUUAUAAAAACAAGUGCUUGCUAUACAAAGGUUUGUCACUGACAAUAAAACAUUUUAAAUUAUUUAAAAUUAUUCAUUAGAUUAUUGAUUUUCCUUGAGAAUUAUGAAAAGUGUGAAUAAUUUUUACAUGAAAAACUUGCAACGAAAUUAUAUAAAACGGUACAUUAGAUGUUGUAAAAUACGUGAUGAUUUGUAUUUCUGAAUAAUAUUGAAAUUGUUUUAUAUAUAGCUUAUGUAGCUUAUACAUUUUUAUAAUAAAACAAAUAUUUUAUG